AUACAUUUCCAUCAUUCUAAAGGUGAGCUCCAAAAAGCGAUGACGUGAAACGAUGAAGUCUUGCUGUUUCGUCACCAUCUGUUUGCACGGGAACAAAGUGCUUCAACCCAAACAUGACGAAAUAAACAGACGUGUCAACUUUCGCUUGCGCGUACCCGCAAGCCUGUCGAACCGUGGGGACUUUGAAGAGCGCGCUCCGGAGCUGAAAAUUCCCUGGUAACGUUAACCACCAGCCCGACAGAAAUAGCGCAUUAUUAUUUAGCGACCUGUUUACGCAAGGACAAAGUUUCUGGGUGAUUCACAAAAAAGACUCGUCUGUAUAUUUAACUGUAAGUGCGCAGUAGUUACAGCGCGAGGAUGAAUGUGGGCACGGCGCACAGUGAAGUGAAUCCGAACACGCGUGUGAUGAACAGCAGGGGCAUAUGGCUCUCCUAUGUACUUGGCAUCGGCCUUCUACACAUCAUAUUGCUCAGCAUACCCUUUGUCAGCGUGCCUGUUGUUUGGACCCUUACCAACCUCAUCCACAACAUGUGCAUGUAUAUCUUCCUCCACACGGUCAAAGGGACGCCAUUUGAGACCCCGGACCAAGGCAAGGCCCGACUGCUGACCCACUGGGAACAGAUGGACUACGGGGUUCAGUUCACCGCCUCUCGGAAGUUUCUUACCAUCACCCCUAUUAUUCUGUACUUCCUCACCAGUUUCUAUACCAAAUAUGACAGAAUCCACUUCAUCAUCAACACCAUUUCUCUGCUCACCGUGCUUAUCCCUAAACUGCCACAGUUUCACGGGGUCCGUCUCUUUGGCAUUAAUAAGUACUGAUGGGGCCACAGGGCCAGGAGAGCUCCCGAAAGCUGUUUUAUGUCCUGCUGGCUGUAUGUCAGCAUACUUUGAUCUUCGCUCCCAAGAUGAUCGGUGGUGUGCGUGACGUUGACACACAGACGCCUUUGAUGACUUGUUCCUUGGAUUUACAAGAGGAAAUGUGAGGUUUCUUCGGAUGCUCUGGAGCUGAGCAGCUGAUAAAUCUGCUAUGGUAUCACAUGUAAUGAUGCUUUUUGUAUUAUACUUGGUAGAUAUACAAAAAAUGUUCAAUGCAGCAGAUUGUACGCAGACGGUAUCUGGAGAUGUCAGGAGUCCACUACUGUGUUGAAACACAUAGAGACUGUGAUAUUGCUAAAGCAGUGUUGCUUAUCAGCAUUAUGCAAGCCAUUUGGACUCAAGCACUUUCAGUCACAUGGCAGAGAUGCUUUAACUGAAAUGAAUCUGGCUGGUCCAAAUUGUCUGGGUUACAGUAAGCUGCUAUGGCAGACAAGUUUAUUUUGUUUUUGUAACCCUGUUUUGGGAGCCCGAUUGAGCACUUCCUGUGCGUAGCAGUGGAGUGUUCAAAGGAAAGAAGGUACAGUGUUUCUAAAGACAAUGGAAGAGGCUAUUUUUAGGUACAAGUAGUUUGGAUAGCUUUAAUCCCAUAGCUGGACAUCCUGUCCUGCUAAAACUUGCCAGCCCCAAUUUGAAAUGCCUUACCUGUAGAUUAAUUUUAAUGUAGAUUUAAAACCAGUGUAGAUUUUAUAUAUGACUAAUAUAUAUUUUAAAAAGAAUUAUACAGUAUGUUGGUUGCAGUGAUACAUCUACGAUGUUACAUAGCUAGUGUUUUAACCAUCCUUAUAAAGGUACAAACGUUUGUCUUUCAUAACAUACAUACGAUCGUCAAGCAACAAAAAGGAGUUAGUUGGGUGCAUGUGAACAAAAAGCCUACAUCAUUGGAUUAAGGUACUUUUAAAUGAAAUUUGGGAACAGUAGACUGGUUAGUGUUUUCAGAACUGCAGCCUGAUAGUGUUUGACUUUACAAUUGAAUUUUAAUCUGUAUUGUUAGACUUGUAUUCACCACUGUCACUGCUUGUCUCAAUGUGAAUGUGUAAAGCCUGAAGUAUAGUCUGUUUUUUUACGUGUACGCGCAUGGUCGUAUGCACAGCCUUGCAAAGUAUAGUUUAUUUGACUUGUACAUGUACGCAAAUGUUUGUAUUCACUUGUAGGGGCAUGCGUGACCUAUGGGUACACGUAUGCAGGGUUUGAAAAAUCUGGCCAUUCGCGUACAGUACAUUCGCACUCUUCUGAUGACGAACAUUGCGUCAUGCGGGCCCUUGCGUAUGCGUAAAUAAUGGUCCAUACAUUGGUUUUAAAGCCUGGAGUAUAGUCUGGUUUUUUUACGCAUACGUGAAUGUACGCACAAGGUUGAACGUACAGCAUUGCAAAGUAUAGUUUAUUUGACUCGUAAGUGUACGCAGAUGUUUGACGCAGAUGCAUGUCCUGUGCAACAUAUAUUCUCCUGUAGUGCAUGUGCAAACUAUGCGUAUAAUGUAUGCAGGGUUUAAAAAAAUCUGCCGGUGCGUGUACUGUUCUCGCGCACUUUUCUAUUUGAUGAAAAUUGCGUCAUGCGCACUGUAUGCGGACCUUAGCGUACUUGCGUAAUAAAUGGUCUAUACAUCUAUACUUAAAGCACAGAGUACAGUCUUAUUUUUUACGUGUACGCAAACAUACGCAUACGGUCAAACGUACAGCCUUGCAAAGUGUAGUUUAUUUGACUCGUACGUGUACAUUUACGUUUGACGCAUGCGCAUUGCGAAAAAAUGCACUGCAUCUUCUGGGCUACAUACUACACAUUCCUCUAGGGGCAUGCGUGACCUACGGGUACAAUGUACGCAGGGUUUGAAAAAUCUGGCGAUUCGCAUACAGUACAUUCGUACUCUUCUGAUGACGAAAAUUGCGGCACGCGCUCUUUACGCGGACCCUCGCGUAUGAGUAAAAACGGGAAUAUACUUCGGCCUUUAUGCUUAUUACAAAGUGCUAAGUAGGGCUGCGCGAUAAAUCCCAUUCGAUAUCAUGCACAUCUCGUCAGUAAUACCGGUUCCUUGAUUAGUAGUAAAUCGCCAUCAGCUGCUUUUAGAUGUAGCUGCAUUUACUACACAGAGCCGUAGUUCACUGACAAGCUGGGCCAUAUCGCAGGUAAUACAUCCGCGAUAAUUAAUGCGCAAUUGCCCCGAUUGUCAGUGAACUACGGCUCUGUGUAGUAAAUGCCGCUCCUUUGGAAAGCAGCUGAUGGCGAUUUACUACUAAACAAGGAACUAGCAUUACUGACGAGAUGCGUGUGACAAUCACAUGCGAUUUAUCGUGCAGCCCUAGUGCUAAGGUAUGUAAUAAUUUUGUGACAAGAUGUAAACGAUGAAACUUUUAAGUGCUUUUAUGUUUACGGCAAUUUAGCAUGUCUUUUUACUACAUCAUCAUUAUAGACUUGCUUAUAGUCAUGCCUGAAUAUGUCAAUUAUGCUAUGUAGUGAUUAGCGAACGAAGAAUUCACGUGAUAUGCGUUUUGCAUGAUAGUACAUGAAGAUUUUUAUAUAAAAAAUGUUUGUUCUAUUUUCAUAGCAGAAAUUAUGUUUAGGAGGUUUUUGACUAACCCCAUAUGCACUUUUACUGAGCUUACUGGGCUACUUAAGUUUCUAAAAAGAUUUAUUUAAAUACAAUGGAUCUUGCCUUUAAUAAUAACUUGUAGGGGCGGUUUCCCGGACAGGGAUUAGCUUAAGCCAGGACUAGGCCUUAGUUAAAUUAGGAUAUUUAAGUCAUUUUUAAAAGCAUAAUUUAUAAAUGAACACUACUGGUGUGCAUCUUGAGACACAACACUCGCACUGAUAUAUUUUAAGAUUUGUCAGAGCAAGUUGUUUUCGAUCAAGACAACAUUACCAUUUUAUUUAUUCUGGACUAGGCUUGAGCCCCGUAGAAUCUAGUUGUAUCGCUCUUUGUAGCAAUUUAUUUUAUAUUAUUAGUCUUUUAAGCAUUGCACAUUAUGAUAAUUUUUUGCUGCUGUUAUUCGAUGGUACGGAGGAAAUAUCAUUAAAGAAAAUAUCAUGAAAUGAAAGAAGCAACACAUGAUGUACGAAUCAAUUAAAGUGAUGUUCAAUAUUUCAGUACAAACUGUUUAUCCACUCAUUUUCAAAUCAUACAUUAUUUGUAUAUUUCUCUCAUGACAUGUGUUUUGUUUAUCGUUGAUAUGAUCAGUGUUUGCAUAGUAAACUGUAUUGUCCACCUUUUUAAAUUAAGGCAAAUGUUUGAUUCCUGGAGAGACUUUGAACGGCUCCAGAUCAUGCAGGUAGUCCACAGAUAUUUUUUUAUUAACAAUACUGUGCAAAAGUUCUAGGCCACCAUUGCAUUAGAUUAGUUGUUUUUGCAAUGGUAUAGUGACCAGAUAAAAAUAAUUAUGUGUAGUUUUUUAAAUACAAGAAAGUACAGGAAAUGUAUAUGCAGUAUUGAAAAACAAAAUAUAAUUGUAUACUAAAGUGUCAAGUAUUUAGUGAGCUUCCCUUUCACCUGAGCAAUAACAUGAGCCUGCAGGCUUCCUUAAAACUAAAUGAAAUUAUACCAUAAAUUCUAAUUUAAUGACUUCAAAAGAGUGCUUAGUGCCAAGAGAGGUCAUGCUAAAUACUGACUUUUUACAUUUUGUGUAAAUAUGACCUGUAUCAGUUUCUAUCUUAAUAAAAAGAGUGAAAAAUAAAUAUGGGUGGUGUUGGGCAAAGACUUGGGCACAAUGCUGUACUGUAUAUACAGUGAAGCACCAAAUGAGAAUUUGGUCUAUGGUAAUUGAGGUGCAUCUGGCCUUACCAACUGGUGUAAUGAUGUCAGAGCUCUGCUCUUAAAAGAGAAACCUACAUUGCAUCUGGGUCAAACCCUGCUCUGUCUCACACUACAUCACUGCACACUGUGCAAUUUGAUCCAGGGCCACGUUCUUUGGACUGUUACCCAAAGCCAGCAACAUUUUAAACAUUGACUGGGUGAAAGUCAGCCAGAAUCAGUGAGGCGGGCCUCAUGUGUCAGGCUCACUUCUCUAUUACCAGCUACAGUCUGCUGUCUAUCUGCCCACUGACAUGUCUCUCUGUGAACGUAUCGAUCCCAAACACAGGCUUUUUUUCUUUAACCUGCAUGUAAAUCUCACUGGUUUAUUUGAUCUUUAUAGCAUCAUUCUGACAGGCACUGCAGAUGGUGCCAUGUUUUUUCUUAAAUGUACACCACAGUGUUCUGCACAUCUGUUUGUCCUUUUAUACAUUGUAUCCAAAAUGCAGCUUGUAUUUAUUUGGCGAUUUGUGUAACAUAACAGGUUGCAGACAGUAUGGUAUCAAUGCAAGUAGAAUUUGGGGGCUGAAGGAUUUUUUGCAAUUUUUCUUUAUAACGCAACAAAGUGAUGAUAUGAACUUCCCAUUUUGUCUGGCUUGGUGCAUGUUAAACACAUGUUGGUUGGGCACAAAACCAGCACCUUAUAUUCAGUACAUCUGUCUGAAUCCACUUAUUUAAUUUAUUUUCUCCACAUUGUGGUUUAUUUUCCAUUUAUUGUAAAUUUAUUAACAUUAGAUGUAAAUUGGAAAUUCUAUGCAAAUUUUAACCUUAGCCUAUUAUGAAAACUUUUUUUUUUCGUACUGAAACUUCAGAUGUCAGUAUUUGGUAUUGUAAAUUCCUAUAUGCAAAAUCUCUGUAAAAGCAUUUUUAUUUUAUUUUCCAUACAAGUAAGUGUAUUGCAGAAUUGUUACAUCCAUAACGAAGAAAUGUUGUUUCUUCCUAAUAAAUGUGCAUACAAAAAUGUAAAUAAAAGAAAUAUUAAAUGUUCA